AUGCGAUCCUCUACUCUUAUUGCCCUGGUCGGCCCUCUCGCCGUGCACGCCGCUUCUGGAAACGGCCACUCGACUCGAUACUGGGACUGCUGCAAGCCUUCUUGCUCUUGGAGCGGCAAGGCCUCCGUCAGCGCUCCCGCCUUGACCUGCGACAAGAACGAUAACCCCAUCUCUGAUGCCAACGCCAAGAGCGGUUGUGAUGGCGGUUCUGCUUUCGCCUGCACCAACUACUCUCCCUUCGCCGUCAACGACAACCUCGCCUACGGUUUCGCUGCCACCAAACUCGCUGGAGGCUCCGAGUCUACCUGGUGCUGCGCUUGCUAUGCUCUCACCUUCACUACUGGUCCCGUGAAGGGCAAGACCAUGGUUGUCCAGUCCACCAACACCGGAGGCGACCUCGGUGAGAACCACUUCGAUCUCCAGAUGCCCGGUGGUGGUGUCGGUAUCUUCGAUGGCUGCUCCUCCCAGUUCGGCGGCAGCGGCCUCGGCGGUGCUCAGUACGGUGGUAUCUCUUCCCGAAGCGACUGCGACAAGUUCCCCGAGCUCCUCAAGGACGGUUGCUACUGGCGUUUCGACUGGUUCCAGAACGCCGACAACCCCGACUUCACCUUUGAGCAGGUCCAGUGCCCCAAGGCUCUCACCGACAUCAGCGGCUGCGUCCGCAACGACGACUCGAGCUUCCCUGCUUACAAGGGCGACACCUCGUCCUCCGGCAGCACCGGUGGCAGCAAGGCCUCCACCUCCAAGGCUGCCGUCCAGUCCCAGAAGACUCAGGCCCCCGCCACUGAGCAGAAGUCCACCAAGGUCCAGCAGCCCUCUAACCCCCAGACCCAGGUCCAGAACUCUGCUUCCAACCCUCAGAAGACUCAGGUCCAGAACUCUGCUUCUAAGCCCCAGCAGACCCAAGCUCCCGUGAAAGAGCCUGCGACUCCCAAGACCACCAAGGUCGGUGCCUCCAAGACCCGAUCUGGCUGCUCCGUCCCCAAGAAGACUAAACAGACUGCUCAGGCCACCGCCAAGGCCUCGGCCACCAAGUCGGCUCCCGCCACCGCUCAGUCCGCCGUCGCUGCCUGGUACCAGUGCGGCGGUUCCAAGUCCGCCUACCCCAACGGCAACCUCCCCUGUGCUUCCGGCAGCACCUGCGUCCAGCACAACGAGUACUACGCUCAGUGCGUCCCCAACUAA